CCAAAACAACAAAAAGACAAAAACACAUCAAAACCCCGAAACCGUGUCUAUUUUUAUCAGUUCCAAAUUUGAAGACCACCAUAGAGCUAGAAAAUAUGGAAAAGGGUUUGUUAGAGAAAGACAGAGAAGGUGAUUCAAGAAGCAUAACAUGGGGUGUAUUUUUUCAAGAGGUGAAAGAUGUUUGUUUUCUAGCUCUGCCUAUGAUCGCCGUCACUCUGUCACAAUAUUUUCUACAAAUUAUUUCAAUGAUAAUGGUUGGUCGUUUGGGUAAACUUGCUCUUUCUAGCACAGCUAUUGCUAUCUCUCUCUGUGGUGUCUCUGGCUUCAGUCUUCUUUUUGGAAUGUCAUGUGCACUUGAAACUCAAUGCGGACAAGCUUAUGGUGCAAAGCAAUAUAAAAAAUUUGGUGUUCAAAUUUACACUGCUGUCUUUUCUCUUAUUAUAGCUUGUCUUCCUCUAUCUCUAUUAUGGAUCUUCUUGGGAAGGCUAUUGAUUUUACUCGGUCAAGACCCUCUGAUUUCACAAGAAGCUGGAAAAUUUUCCAUGUGCAUGAUUCCUGCUCUAUUUGCUUAUGCAACGCUUCAGGCACUGGUCAGAUACUUUCUGAUGCAAAGUUUGAUACUUCCUCUUGUUAUAAGUUCCACUGUUACCCUGUGCUUCCAUGUAGCUUUUUGUUGGCUGUUAGUUUUUAAAUCUGGAUUAGGUUGCUUAGGAGCUGCACUUUCUAUUGGUACUUCAUACUGGUUGAAUGUGAUUAUACUUGGAUUAUAUAUGAAAUUCUCCACUGAUUGUGAAGAAACUCGGGUUCCGAUUUCAAUGGAGCCAUUCCUUGGAGUAGGAGAGUUCUUUCGAUACGCUAUUCCAUCAGCAGGAAUGAUUUGCCUUGAGUGGUGGUCAUUUGAACUCCUAAUCCUUCUUUCUGGUCUUCUACCAAAUCCACAGCUUGAAACUUCAGUCUUAUCCAUAUGUUUAUCAAUCAUCUCAACAAUCUAUACAAUACCAGAAGCAACUGGCUCAGCAGCAAGCACUAGAGUUUCAAAUGCAUUAGGAGGUGGAUGUCCACAAGCAGCGCGAUUGUCUGUCUUUGCUUCUAUGACCGUUGCAGUUUCUGAGGCUAUUUUGGUGAGUUCCACCAUUUUCGCCUCUCGGAAGGUGUUAGGUUAUAUAUUUAGCAAUGAGCAGGAUGUGGUGGACUAUGUCACACAUAUGGUUCCUCUAAUAAGUAUAAAUGUUAUAGUGGAUAGUUUACAUGGCACCCUUUCAGGUAUUGCUAGAGGAUCUGGUUGGCAGAAGUUGGGAGCAUAUGUGAACCUUGGAGCCUACUAUGUUUUUGGAAUUCCAAUUGCUGUUAUAUUGGGUUUCUGGUUUGAGUUGAGAGGAAAAGGACUGUGGAUUGGGAUACUUGUUGGUGCCUUCUGUCAAGCACUUUUGCUAGCCCUUAUAACAGGUUUUACAAACUGGGAAAAACAGGCAAUCAAGGCACGGGAAAGGAUAUUUCAAGGAAGACAGGAAGUUUUGCAGUAGAAGAAGAUAGAUCAAUUUGAACAAAUGGAGUAGGUUUCUCAAAGCUGCAGCUUGUUUAGUUAACAUCUCUAAAGCUUAUAGCUUGAUGUGAUUAGAGAGAAAUAUCAAAUCUCAGAUACUAUAAAGACUAAGGGGGAAAAAGUUUUCACGCGGAGAAAUAGUUAUAAAAUAGAUGAUAUUUUUUUUCUUCUCAGUUCAAUUUUUGGUAAGGCUCUGCAGUGUUAGUGUAUCCUUUAUCAUAUCAUGAUGAUGUAAAAGAAAUUGAAUGAUUUCAUCUCUUCAAUUAAAUUGGAAAUGAACAUGAGCCAAGUGAGAAUGAAAAAUGUUUGUUUUUCUGUUUUUGUUUUG